CGGCCAUCGACCGAGCCCAUCUGGCAUCUGUUUCUCCCCAUCAACGAACCCCAACCCAGCACCGCGCUCGGCCAGGUCGACAGCGCAGCGCACAACCCGUAUCUGUCCAGCUGCCUCUGCCUCUCGGAUCUCUGCCCUCGUUUCGGCGUCCACACCGACACAAUCCAGCCUUUCGCAGAUCUACGCUGCCCUCACCCAACUCGGUCUCGUUCAAUCUUAGCCCAGCAGCAUCCGGCUUCACGUUUGCCCGUGCAUCACAUCGCCGCAAUCUCCUCUGAAAGCUAUGGGCAAAAAAUCACAGUUCAAGGGCACCAAGCGGCCCCGCGAUCAACCCCGAGUUCAGGACGACGAGCUCGACUCGGGCGACGAGAUCUCCACAUUCAUCGAGUCGCAGCAGCUGACCAAGGAGAUGAUGGAGGUCGACAAGGCCUCCCGCAAGGCCGCCAAAAAAGCCGCCAAGAAGGUACAUCUUGCGCAUCUUUCGGCCAAGGAAGAGGCGCGCGAGGCCGCUGCGGCUCGGAUCAAGAACAAGGGCACCAACGACGACGACGACGAUGACAACGACGACGACCAGGACGAUGAAGACGCUGCGCUGGAAGACAUGGACGAAGAAGAGAGGGCCGAAUACAACGCAUACAUGAAGCUGAUGGAGGAGAAGGGCGAGGCCGUGGCGGAGAAUCCCCGCGCUCCCAAGACCUUUGCAAACAACCAGAAGGGCCUGCUGCAAAAGCUGCGGGACAUCAGUCUGGAGAAGCCCGGGCGACUACUGCCGUGGUCCGAGGUCCAGGCGAUCACGACAAAGGAGCCACUUGUGCUGACGCCUUCCGAUAUCCACGACGACAUCAAGCGCGAGCUCGAGUUCUACAAGCAGGCUCUGUACGCUGCCACCCAGGGUCGUGCCAAGGCCAUCGAGGCCGGCAUUCCAUUCUCACGACCGGACGAUUACUUUGCCGAGAUGCUCAAGACAGACGCGCACAUGGCCAAGGUCCGCCAGAAGCUCAUUGACGAGCAAGAGUCGAUUGUUGCGGCCGAGAACGCCAAGAAGCAGCGGGAGGCCAAGAAGUUUGGCAAGAAGGUUCAGCACGAGAAGCUGCUGGAGCGUGUGCAGGCCAAGAACAACGAGAUCGAGCGCGUCAAGAUGGCCCGCAAGAAGAAGGACUCGAUGGGCGUUGCCGACGACGACUUUGGCAUCGAGCUGGAGGACAGCGACACCAAGGGCAGCUCGGGCGCUCGGGCGGGGUCCAAGGUCAACGCCAAGCGACAGAAGAAGAACGAAAAGUACGGAUUCGGAGGCGGCAAGCGCCACAAGAAGGAAAACACCCGCGACUCGGUGAACGACUUCCGGUCCUUCAGUGUCAAGAAGAUGAAGGGCAGCAUCAAAAAGUCCACUGGCAAGGGCGGCGCCGCCAAGAGACCCGGCAAGGCACGACGACAACAGUCUCGCAAGUAGCCGCAGCCCAGAUUGCUUCCCAAUACAGUCAGUGCAUUGUUGAGACAUG